AUGGCUUUCACCACGAGCAACUUCGAACAAUGGCAAGGCUGGGAAAUGAAUCGUUUCAUUGCCGCCAGUACGUCAACCCCAGGAGAUCUGAUCUUAUCGGAUGUUACGGAUUCCAACGUGCUUCGACACAUGAUGCAGAUUGGAAACGCAAAUGGAGCUAAGAAAAAGGUGUCCUUGCUGGAUGAUGACGAUGAUGACAACACCUCGAGCAGUGAUUCCAGCUUGGCACCCAAACAUGGAGUCGAGCGCCCAUCAUUCAUGUUGGAUGGUGUUUAUUUGCCCCCACCAGUGCUUCAGCGCAAUGUCAAUCGCACAUCAUCAAAACUUUAA